CAUUCCAAACUUCAUGCGCCGCUUAGGAGCACAUCAAUGGUGUUACUUCGUUUCGAUCUCCAAACAACCUCCAAGAUGCACCCAUGGCUUCUCCUUCUUCUCCUUCUCCUCCAAAAUCGUUCCAGAACAACUACUUCUCAUCGACGCCAUCUUAGAAUCGUUGCGAAACAGCGAAAACUGGGACACUCUCUCUAACAAAUACUCUUCCAUCGAUUUCUCCGAUUCCCUCGUCAAGAAAAUCCUCCUCCGUUUCAAACAACCAGAAACCGCCAAACGCGCUUUAAGCUUCUUCCACUGGUCAGCUAACACACGGAAUCUCCGCCACGGAACCUCCUCUUACGCCGUCGCGAUUCACAUCCUCGUCAGAGCUCGAUUACUCGUAGACGCUCGAGCUCUAAUCGAAUCUUCUCUGUUAAACUCUGAUUCCGAUUCCGAUUUACUCGAUUCGCUGCUCUCUACCUACGAUGUCUCUUGCUCCACUCCUCUCGUCUUUGAUUUACUAGUUCAAGGUUACGCUAAGCUCAGGCUACUAGAAUCAGGAUUCGAUGUUUUCCACAGAUUAUGCGAUCGUGGAUUCUCUCUGAGUGUGAUUACCUUAAACACGUUGCUCCAUUUCGCUGCAAAAUCGAGCCGGAUCGAUCUCGUUUGGAGAAUCUACGAGCUCGCGACAGAUAAGAGGAUUUAUCCGAACGAGACGACGAUUCAAAUCAUGAUCAGUGCGUUGUGCAAGGAAGGUAAAUUAAAAGAAGUCGUAGCUUUGUUGGAUAGAAUUCAUGGUAAGAGAUCCUCACCUCCAUUGAUCGUUAACACGAGCUUGGUGUUUAGGGUUCUAGAAUCGAAUCGAAUCGAGGAAGGUAUGAGUUUGCUGAAGAGAUUGUUGCAAAAGAACAUGGUCAUCGACACGAUCGGUUACUCUCUCGUCGUGCUCGCGAGAACAAAACAAGGCGAUUUGGAAUCUGCACGAAAGGUGUUUGAUGAAAUGCUUCAAAGAGGUUUCGACGCAAAUGCUUUCGUUUACACGGCUUUCAUCAAAGCGUAUACCGAAAAGGGCGAUAUCGAAGAAGCAGAGCGGUUGAUUGCAGAGAUGGAAAACUCCGGGAUCGAUCCUUAUGAAGAGACUUUUGAUUCUGUGAUCGUAGGUUGUGCGAGAUGCGGAAGAGAAGAAGAGAGCUUGAAGUAUUGUGAGAUGAUGGUAACGAGAGGGCUUCUUCCUAGCUGCUCUGCUUUCAAUGAGAUGGUGAAGAGAUUGAGCAAGAUUGAGAAUGUGAGACGCGCAAACGAGAUCUUAACCAAGUCAGUGGAUAAAGGGUUUACACCUGAUGAACAGACUUACACUCAUCUGAUUCAAGGGUUUGCGAAAGGAAAAUGUAUCGAUAUCGCGCUCAAGCUGUUCUACGAGAUGGAAUAUCGAAAGAUCUCUCCUGGUUUUGAGGUGUUUAGGUCACUUAUAAUGGGACUUUGGUGUUGUGGUAAAGUGGAAGCUGCAGAGAAGUACUUGAGAAUUAUGAAGCAUAGGUUUAUACUUAAACCCAAAAGAAAAACAGGUUGAUACAUCUUAAAUGCAGAUAUUUGUAGUUUAGACUCUUUGUAUUUUCAUAUUCAUUGAUCUGAAAGAAGAAAUGAGGAGAAAGUUGUAUAAAGCUGCACUCAUAGACCAUGAGGA